ACAUUGUAUUUCAGCUGUGAAGUUGUUUAAAUUGUCAUGGUAAUGUUGUAAAAUUAACUAUACACCUUUUCUGUGUAAAGCUAUAAAGUGAUUAUCACGCUAUUUUAGUGUUAAAACGCAUUGUCUUCUGGCUAUAUUUUUGAAACUAUUUUAACGUUUACAGAUUGAAACAGUCACUUUCAUUGGAAGUGCCGUAUUUUUUUUAAAAAACCAAAUGAAUUUGUGGUGACUUAUGCCACAUGCUGUCAAUUGAGCUAAACUUGUAUUCCACUCGGAAAAUUCCUUAAAGCAAUAGAAAUGCAUCCUAGCACCAGGUGUAAAUGGGGUCAAGAUGAACCGCCAUUAUAAAAUUGUUUGAAAAUUGUUACAUUUUUUCUGAAACAUAUCAACUGCCAAGUCAAAACCAUUCUUCAACUAGACACUUUAGUGAAAUCAUGUUUAUUAUGCAUGUUAAAGAUUCAAUAUUUCAAUUUAGUCAAUAUACACAUUUUGGUAUUACAAUUGCCCCCAGUCUCACAGCCAUGAUAAGGCUGCUACCAACCAGCAAAUUUAAUCAUUUAAAUAAACACUGCACAAAUAAACAUGUAGGGCCUACAUAAUUAAUAGACCCUACAUCAAAUAGCAUUUUGCAUACUGUAGUUUGGACCAUCUUGUCUGAUCAGUCUGUCCCAAAAUGAACCAAAACGGAUUGUCACCAGGUGAUUAUUAGUUCAUACAACUGAAUACACUGGGCCAGAUUUAUGUGUAAGAGGAACCUAUAAGAAGGAAAUUACACAUGCUUGUCCUUAGGACAAGCAAACCAAUGCUGAAAACAACCAUUUAAAACAUAGUCCAGAAACUAUCUAUUUUAAUGCAAUAUAUUUAAAACCUCGUGCAUUUUUGCAAGGUUAGGUUGUUUUUUUUUUUUUUGUUUGUUUGUUUUUUUUUCUUCAUUGUGGUUAAAGUCUGGAGGAAGUUAGGUUCCUUUUUGUGCAAGGCUGCAAAGUGAUCUGACUGAGGGUGUUCUCCAGAAUGCAAGAAAAACAUCUCAUCCCAACAAUACACGUACAUGUUUUUUCAAGUCAUGUGUAUUCGGGUGGAGAUCCCAUUAAACGCACACACGAACCUCUUACGGAUGCAAAUGGUUCCCGAAUGCCAAAAAUUCACACCCUGCGCCCUACCUGACAGAUCUGCGCCCGACGUCCUCCGUACAGCUCCAGUGCAAAUUGACACCUCCACUCACUUUGAUCAAAGGCUGGGAGGCUGGAUAUAUAAUGCAUUUCUAAGGGAAGUCAACUCAUUCGUGGUUCAACACCAGCAGGAGUGCAUAGGAGUCACAAUAUGGCAGUCGUGCAUGGAAACAUGGGAACUGGACACUUAAAACCAUUUCAGAUUUUUUCUACAGAUUUGGAAAGAAGGACUAACAUGCAAACAACAGAUUAUGGCGCACAUUUUCUCAGCGACGCACACCCAGUGACCUCCAGGGCGGACAGCAUGGCCUUGUUUACGCACCGCAGAAAGCGCACCAACUUUACGCAACAGCAGAUAGACGUCCUCGAAAAGGUUUACUUGGACACCAAAUACCCUGAUAUUUACUUAAGAGAGAAACUUGAAGAACUGACAGGCUUGCCAGAGUCAAGAAUUCAGGUGUGGUUCCAGAACCGAAGAGCCAAGUCACGGCGCCAGGUGGGCAUCCCCGUUCCAGCUAAGAACAAUGAAAAUAUUCUGACCUCCAAUACUCUCAUUAUGAACCAGUUUAUGACCCAUCAGAACCACACUGGCCUGGAGACGCAAAGAACGCCCCAGUUUGACACAAAGGACAACUUCAGUAAACAUCUGACCAGCUCUGCCAACGACAAUGGCUGCAACAAGAAAGUUGACCUGUACGACCCAACCACGAUUCCAUGCAUGUUCAGCAGAACUGAGGAGAACCAGGUCAAAACGGAUCACCUGAGCGUCGUGGUUCCAUGCAAUUACACACAGCAGUAUCCAAUGGUGCAAGGACAGUUUACGGCCACAUGCCACACAAAAUCGACAAUGAAACAGUUUUUGGUGGAGUAUGACAAUUUCCCUCCGAACAGGACCAUCGGGCCAGAGAUGAAGGUCGUCAUUCCACCUUUACCAUCACAGAAUAACUUCAUGAUGUCAUCGUCAUCCCCCAAACAUGUCGCCUGUUCUGUCCAAAGCGUGCCAGUUAAGGUCCAGCCAGCGACUUUUGGCACUUUCCCUCCUAUUAGGGCAAACGAAGCUGUAGAGUUUUCAGAUUCUGACUCAGACUGGGAAAAAGAGGCCAUGUCUGGUUUUAAUGGCUUUUAGCUAUUUUAUUAUAACUGGCACACUGAGACUCUUUGUUCAGACUUUAUCUGUAAGCCAAAACUUUUGAAAUCAUAUUUAUUGUAUAUUUCAGAUGUAGUUUAUGUCAGUGGGAU